GCUAUAAACUGCUGUUUUGAUGGACUCAUGUGCUAUUAUGGCAAAUCUGUGACACUUCAGUGCACCAAGGAAGGCCUGUUCAUCGUGGUGGUGGCCAGAGAUGCAACUCUGCCCGACAUUGACUUGGAGACCAUUUCUUUCUAUAAGAAUGGUCACAGCUGCAAUCCAGAUGGCAGCACUUCAGCUUUUGCCAUCUAUGAGUUCCCUGUCACUGCCUGUGGUACAGUUGUAAAAGAGGGACCUGGUGUUCUAAUCUACGAGAACAGGAUGUCUUCCUUAUACCAAGUGAUUACUGGACCCCAUGGAUCCAUUACCAGGGACACCUACUAUGAGUUGUUGUUCCAGUGCAGAUAUGUUGGCACCACAGUUGAGGUUUUGGUUAUUGAUGUUGGUCCGGUUCCUCCGCCAAACUCAGUUGCAGCUGCUGGACCUGUGCGUGUGGAACUCAAGCUGGCCAAUGGGCAAUGUGUUGCCAAGGGUUGUGUUGAAGAAGAGGAAGUCUACACCUCUUUUUACACCGCUGCCGAAUACCCUGUCAGAAAGGUUUUGAGGGAUCCUGUUUACGUUGAGGUCUACCUGAUGGAGAGGACCGAUCCCAACCUUGUCUUAACUCUUGGAAGAUGUUGGGCAACCUCUGAUUCCUAUCUUCAUAGUCUUCCUCAGUGGGACUUGCUGAUUGAUGGGUAA